GCGAACAGGUACUGUACGAGUCGUGGUUCGGCGUCGGAUCGGAAGAAUGUAUAGCCGAGGACCUUUGUAGCUCCAAGGCAAACGUUACUGACCAAUGCGCGUUGUCGUCAUUGGCUGCCGUUGGUAACCGUAUAAUGCCCCGCGGUGGGUAAUAGAAACUCGUCCUGCAUCCUCUGUCGUUGUGUGUGUAGUUAAACCGCAGCAGCCAACUGGCAGGUAGGGCGAGAUGCCCCGCACUCUCUUUCUUCUGAAUAACUUGCGUUGUUCUCGCAUCGUGCAGUCCAGACCUUUACAUCCCUUUCCUUCUCUUCUCCUUUCUUCACAUUUGAAAAAUAAUUCACCCCAACAACCCUUCACUUCCGGUCGAUUCUAUCUCACAGAAGCUGUUCGAAAGCAUCAAGCAAAGAAGAUGGCUCCCCAACUCGACGGAUUCUUCGCCCAAGUCGACACCUUGGCAGACUCGUUCAUUGAGCGUCUCCGCAAGGCUGUUGCUAUCCCCUCUAUCUCAGCUGAGGAUGCCCGCCGACCUGAUGUUGUCCGCAUGGGCCACUGGCUCGCUGACGAGCUCAAGGGUCUUGGUGCUGAGGUUGAGCUCCGUCCCCUAGGCAAGCAGCCUCACAAGGAACAUCUUGAUCUCCCCCCCGUCGUUGUUGCCCGCUAUGGUAACGACAAGGCCAAGCGUACCAUUCUUGUCUACGGUCACUACGACGUCCAGCCCGCUGAGAAGAGCGAUGGCUGGGCUACCGAGCCAUUCGACUUGACUGUUGACGAGAAGGGCCGCAUGUUCGGCCGUGGUGCUACUGACGACAAGGGCCCUGUUCUUGGCUGGUUGAACGCCAUUGAAGCCCACCAGAAGGCUGGCAUUGACUUCCCUGUUAACCUGCUCAUGUGCUUUGAGGGUAUGGAAGAGUACGGUUCCGAGGGUCUCGAUGAUUUCAUCAUUUCCGAAAAGGACAAGUACUUCAAGGAUGCUGACGCUGUCUGCAUCUCCGACAACUACUGGCUCGGCACCGAGAAGCCUUGCCUCACCUACGGUCUCCGCGGCUGCAACUACUACUCCAUCGAGGUGUCCGGUCCUGGUGCCGAUCUCCACAGUGGUGUCUUUGGUGGCCAGACACACGAGCCUAUGACUGAUCUCGUCCAGGUCAUGAGCACUCUUGUUGAUGCUAAGGGCAACAUCCAGAUCCCUGGCAUUAUGGAACAGGUUGCCCCCGUCACUGAGGACGAGGAUAAGCUCUACGACACCAUUGCUUUCACCAUGGACAACAUCCACGAAUCUCUUGGUAGCACCACCACCAUCCACGACUCUACUAAGCCCACACUGAUGGCCCGCUGGCGUUACCCUUCUCUGUCUCUUCACGGUAUUGAGGGUGCUUUCUCCGCCCCCGGUGCCAAGACAGUUAUCCCUGCCAAGGUCACUGGCAAGUUCUCUAUCCGCACCGUCCCCAACAUGGAUAUCGAAACUACCAACGCCGUUGUUAUCAAGCACAUCGAGUCCGAAUUUGCUAAGAUCAACACCAAGAACACUCUGAAGGUUUGGCCCCAGCACUGUGGUAAGUGGUGGGUUGCCUCUCCUAAGCACUGGAACUUCUCUGCUGCUGCUAAGGCUGUCCAGCGCGUCUGGAACGUUGAGCCCGACUUCACUCGUGAGGGUGGCAGUAUCCCCGUUACUCUUACUUUCGAAGAAGCUACUGGCAAGAAUGUGUUGCUUCUCCCUAUGGGAAGCUCGACCGACGGAGCCCACUCCAUCAACGAGAAGCUUGAUAAGCGCAACUACAUUGAGGGCAUUAAGCUGCUCGGUGCCUACCUGCAUUAUGCCGCGGAGGAGCCCCAAGAGUAAACAGCGUGUAAACGAUGUACAUAUAGUAGUAAAAAUUAAAGCAUGGACUAAUGUAAAACAAAAAUUAUUACCGUGUAAACCGUGU